UUCAUACGUACAUACAUGAAUAGGGAUUUUCACAAUGACUUAGCAUGUAUAUUUUACAAAGUGAUUAUACAUUCUCAAUAAAGUAUUCCAUUGCAAACAUUCAAGAACGGAGCGCCGAAACGUUUGAAAAAAUUUCUACGUAGAUAUGCCUGGAACGAAAUCCCAAAAACCUGGCGCUCUUUCGAAACUUUAUCUGGUGUUAUAUAAUCUCGGACAAACUUUGGGAUGGAGUUACAUAUUGUAUCUAAUUAUACAACAUUACAUAAAUCCUUCUCAUAAUACUUUGUGGGAUAAAACACAGCUUCCUGUAAUUAUUUUUCAGAAUGCAGCUGUGUUAGAGAUAAUACAUGCAGCAAUUGGCAUUGUAUCUUCCAAUGUUAUAACCACAACAUUGCAAGUUUUUAGUCGUGUAAUGGUUGUGGUUGGAGUUAUCUUGGCUACUCCUGAUUCGUAUGCUGCUGCAUCUCCAGGACUUCCGCUAGCUCUCAUUGCAUGGUCUAUCACAGAAAUCAUUAGAUACUUCUAUUAUUUUGCGAAUCUUACUGGUAUUGUGCCAUAUAUAUUAGUCUGGCUCAGAUAUACUACGUUUAUUAUAUUGUAUCCGAUUGGGGUAACUGGUGAAUUAUUAUGUUUCUAUGCUGCUGUGCAAUACUCUAACGAUAAUUCUGACUCAUGGAGUUACAUUUUACCAAACAAAUGGAAUUUCACAUUUAGCUAUUUGUAUGUUUUGAUAGGAAUUAUGAUAAGUUAUACACCAUUUUUCCUUCAUCUUUAUCUGCACAUGUUUACACAAAGGCGAAAAAUGCUUAAUCCUAGUGCAACGGUUAAGAAGGCUCAUUAGCUAUAAAAUUUAUAUAAAAAAUAAAAUUAAAUUAAAAAUUGCUAUAUGUAUAUAAAGGGGAUAGGAGAGAUAAUAAAAGGGAUAUAAAAGGAGGAAAAAUUUCUUUUGUACUAAAGCAUAUUAUUAAUUUAAAAUGAUAUGCAUACUAUUAAAUAUAUGAAAUAUU